AUGAAGGAUUUGGUGACAAAGAAGAAGGUUGUCAAUUUCGAAGGUGAUGACAAGUUGCAGCAUUGUAACGCCAUUGCUACAACAUCUUUAGUGCAGAAGGAGGAGGAUCCUCGAGAAUUUACUAUUCCAUGUACUAUUGGUAUCUUGCAUUUCGCUAAGGUCCUAUGUGACUUGGGUGCGAGCAUUAAUCUGAUGUCGGUGUCUAUAUACAAGAAGUUGGGUUUAGGGACCCCCAAACCAACUACAAUGCAGCCACUAAUGGCUCAUCAAAUUGUGAAGAAACCAAUUAGGGUACUUCAUGAUUUCCUUGUGAAAGUUGAGGUGUUUAUCUUUCCGGCGGACUUUGUGAUACUAGAUUGUGAAGUUGACUUUGAGGUCCCUAUCAUCUUAGGGAGACCAUUCCUUGCUAGUGGGCAUGCUAUGGUUGAUAUGGAAAAAGGGCAGAUGAAGUUCCGAUUGAACAAUGAAAAGGUAACUUUUAAUAACUGCAUAUCUAUGAAGCAUGAAAGUGAUCUCAAGUCGGCGUCGGUAGUGAAUCAUAUUGUCAAGGAAGAAUCAGAAGUGUUUAUUGAAGAUAAAUCGGGUGUUGAAGCACUACCGGCUGUGAUCAUGAACUUUGAUAGAGAUGAAAUUGAUGAAUAUGAUGAGCUAGUUUUUGCACGUGAUGGGGUAAACUUUUCUCGUCGACAACCAAAGAAGUUGGAUCUGGAUCUAAAGAAUCGAGACACUCCACCUACAAAACCAUCUGUUGAUGAGCCUCCGAAAUUGGAGCUUAAAGCUCUUCCAUCUCAUUUGCGGUAUGUGUUCUUGGGCAAAAAUAAUACUUUGCCAGUUAUUAUUGCUGCUGACUUAAAUAAAGGGGAAGUAGAGGCGUUGAUAUCGGUAUUGAAGCGAUUCAAAAGGGCUAUAAGAUAG